AUGGCUGAAGGCUCGAGCUCGUUUCUUGGACUCGAGGGUCUUCAUGUUUUCGUCACCGGAUCAGCUGGUGGAAUUGGAGGUGCCGCGGUAAAAGAAUUUCUCGAGCAGUCGUCCAGGCUCUUCACGACUCAAGGUGACCUGACGUCUGAAAAGUCUGUCGCUGAAGCAUUCCAAGCUGCGACCGGCCACUUUGGCGCACUCAAUAUCUUGAUAGCCAACGCGGGUAUCACGGACGAAAGCUCUCAUCCACCGAUAUGGGAAAUAAAGGAGAGUCUGUGGGACAAGGUCAAUGGCAACAACGUCAAGGGCACUUUUCUGACGGUCAAGCAUUUCUUACUCUCGGUGAAGACGGCACAAGAGGCAAAGGGAGCUGAACUUGACAAUGUUUCCAUUGUCAUCAUUGGCUCCGAGACCGGGAAGUUUGGCCAAGAAGGACAUGCAGAAUAUGCAUCUGGCAAGGCGGGCCUCCAAUACGGUCUCGUUCGCACAGUGAAGAACGAAAUUGUUCGCCUAAACUCCAAAGCCCGGAUCAAUGCCGUGGCACCCGGAUGGGUGAAUACCUCUCUCAUUGGUGAUCGCUUGGACGAUCCGAGGGAGAUGUGGGCAGAAUGUCAAGCGACGGUUGCACUGAAGAAGAUCGCACAGCCCGAAGACGUAGCACGGGCAAUGGCAUUCUUGGCUAGCCACCGUGCAGCUGGCCAUAUCUCCGGAGAAUGCAUUUCCGUCGACGGUGGGAUGGAAGGCCGGAUCAUCUGGCGAGAGGAGCAAGUCUUGGGAAACAAUAAAAAGGAAUCCACGCUCCAGAUGGUCACCAUACCCGCCUCCUUGACUCCAGCGACUCCAGCGACAAGAAAACGACGAAUCCGCAUUUGUCUCUCUGUUGAUUUUGACGCCAUUUCAGGUUAUCUAGGCACAGGUCAUGAUCCCCAAAAUACCCUCUCCGACUACUCGGCCGGCAUUUUCAGCGCCAACGUUGGGGUGGGCAGACUGCUGCGCCUGUUCAAGAAACACGGCAUCUCCGAUAAACUCACCUGGUUUGUCCCCGGUCACAGUCUUGAGACGUUCCCAUUGCAAGCACGGGAGAUUGCUGAGAGCGGAGCGGAGAUCGGAAUACAUGGAUAUAGCCACGAGGGGGCAUAUGCAAUGACCGUUCAACAGGAGAAGGAUGUUUUGCAGAAAUGCAUCGGCCUGAUAAGCGAGCUCAGACAAGGUAAGAGACCAGUUGGAUAUCGAGCACCGCUAUACCAAAUCCGUGAGACGACUGUCAAGCUCCUCCAAGACCACGACUUUCUUUACGACAGUAGCAUGAACGCCCACGACUCUUUGCCUUACUUCCUGGUGAACCCCUUUCCACAAGAACCACCGCAUGUCCCGGACUAUAAGAAAGAGGCCAGCACUUGGAUGGUCCCCACCAAAAUACCCGAACAGCCACAGUCAGGCACCGCUGAAGCCAACAAGGCUCUGGUGGAGAUACCCUCGAGCUGGUAUACAGAGGACAUGACGCCUCUUGGAUUUUACCCUUAUGCAGCCAACACACAAGGGUACGUUGGAGUCGACCUUGUCGAAAAGAUGUGGUGGGACAGGUUCGAAUGGCUAUGGGAGAAUGAAAGUUGGUUGGAUGAAGGGCCUGGGAAAGGCUACGGCGCGGUGUAUCCCAUGAUCUGGCAUCCUGAAAGUGCGGGUCGGGCACAUAUCGUGGGCAUGAUUGAUCGAUUCAUUGGAAAGCUCGUGCAACGGCAAAAGGCAGCAGGGGACGGCGAGAUCACGUUCGAGACGAUGGAAGGGGUCGCCCAGAGUUGGAAACAGAAACGCUCGUAG